AUGAACAGGAGUCUAUAUUUCCGCCUAUAUUUUUACACAAGACCUUUCAAUUUUCGGCUGCUUAUUCAUGCAGCUUAUAACAGACACAUCAAUGAAAAAAUAAAUUAUCAAAUAGACGGCCUGGUCAAACUCGACCGUGACAAACGAUACGAUAUAGUGAAAUAUCUGUUCUGUUGGAUAUAUACUGGUGAUGUAGAAUGCCUAUAUGAUGAUAAGAAAGUUGUACGUGAACUUUAUUUGCAAGAAAACGUCUAA